UUUUUCCAGCAGACAUUUGAUAGGCUCACCGAUGCUGUAGCCAAACUCGAAAACGACAAGCUCGCUGAAAAUGACAAGAUUGUGGCACUUACGAAUGAAGUUACUUAUCUAAGACAAUUGCUUGACUUCCAGAACCUGAAGAUUGAGAAAUUGGCGUCUUUGGUGGCAGACUUGGCUGAAAACAAGAAUCAGGAUGCGAUGAUCAAUUCGCUACUGGCUGUUCAGGCUCAUGUUUUGGAGCAUGACAACGACCAUGUGACCGAAGUCCAGGACCAGGUACAACAGCAGGUAGAUCAGCUUCAGCCCCAGCAUGAUAUGAGUCAACAGCAGGUUCACCUUGAUAGCAAUAUGGACCCAGCACUUCACCAGGUAGCUGUGGCUGCUGCGGCUGUUCAAGCACAGCAAGCGCAACAAGUACAGGCACAACAGCAACAUGCGCAGGUUGCGCAACAACAGCAUCGCCAAGACCAGCACCAGCACCGACAAGAUGGCGGUGAGAAAGCACGCAAAAAGAGCUACAGCAACAAGCGCAAGUUGGGUGAAGGCUCAAAGCCCAAGAUCACGAUUGACUUCUUGCACAACCCAAUGUCGGUGAAGGAAAUCUACGACGAGUUCACCAAGGGCUUUAGAGGACAGCCAGCGUUGUGUGAGAUGGAUGCCAAAUACGGUAAACACGAAUGGAGAGGUGAUUCUAGAUCGAAAGAGUCGAAGCGAUACCAGAGAAGAAAGAAGUUGUGUGAUGCCAUUGAGCGCGGGAUGCUCAAAUACGGCAAGCCGGAAGAGGAGAUCAUCCGCUAUAUCGAGGAAUUCCGGGGUGAGAAGUCGUUGACGUGGGUGAUGAACGGGAACUUGCCGGAAGACUUGUUAAACUAG